GAGCCCAACCCGGAAGUGGCGGCGGCGCCCCUGGGGAAGAUGGCGCCCUCGGGGCUGAAGGCGGUGGUGGGGGAAAAAAUUCUGAGCGGCGUCAUUCGGAGUGUCAAAAAGGAUGGGGAGUGGAAGGUGCUCAUCAUGGAUCACCCGAGCAUGCGCAUUUUGUCCUCCUGCUGCAAGAUGUCGGACAUCCUGGCCGAGGGCAUCACCAUCGUGGAGGACAUCAACAAACGACGUGAGCCCAUCCCCAGCCUGGAAGCUAUCUACCUGCUGAGCCCCACAGAGAAGUCCGUGCAGGCCCUGAUCGCAGACUUCCGGGGGACCCCGACUUUCACCUACAAGGCAGCGCACAUCUUUUUCACUGACACCUGCCCAGAGCCCCUGUUCUGUGAGCUGGGCCGCUCCCGCCUAGCCAAGGUCGUGAAGACGCUGAAGGAGAUCCACCUGGCCUUUCUCCCUUAUGAGGCCCAGGUGUUUUCCCUGGACGCCCCCCACAGCACCUACAACCUCUACUGCCCCUUCCGGGCUGGGGAGCGCACGCGGCAGCUCGAGGCCCUGGCCCAGCAGAUCGCCACACUGUGUGCCACGCUGCAGGAGUACCCGUCUAUCCGCUACCGCAAAGGCCCAGAGGACACGGCGCAGCUGGCCCAUGCCGUCCUGGCCAAGCUCAACGGCUUCAAGGCCGAUAAUCCAAGUCUGGGCGAGGGUCCUGAGAAAACCCGCUCCCAGCUGCUGAUCAUGGACCGGGCAGCCGACCCUGUGACCCCACUCCUGCACGAGCUCACGUUUCAGGCCAUGGCCUACGACCUGCUGGACAUUGAGCAGGACACAUACAAGUACGAGACCACGGGGCUGAGUGAGACCCGGGAGAAAGCAGUGCUGCUGGAUGAGGACGAUGACCUGUGGGUGGAGCUACGGCACAUGCACAUUGCAGACGUGUCCAAGAAGGUCACGGAGCUUCUGAAGACUUUCUGUGAGAGCAAGAGGCUGACCACCGACAAGGCCAACAUCAAAGACCUGUCGCACAUUCUGAAGAAGAUGCCGCAGUACCAGAAGGAACUGAACAAGUAUUCUACACAUCUCCAUUUAGCCGACGACUGCAUGAAGCACUUCAAGGGGACCGUGGAGAAGUUGUGCAACGUGGAGCAGGACUUGGCCAUGGGCUCGGACGCGGAGGGCGAGAAGAUCAAGGACGCCAUGAAGCUGAUCGUGCCGGUGCUGCUGGAUGCGGCGGUGCCGGCCUACGACAAGAUCCGGGUCCUGCUGCUCUACGUCCUCCUCCGGAACGGGGUGAGCGAGGAGAACCUGACCAAGCUGAUCCAACACGCCAACGUGCAGGCCCACAGCAGCCUCAUCCGGAACCUGGAGCAGCUGGGGGCGACCGUCACCAACCCGGGGGGCCCGGCGAGCCCCAGCCGACUGGAGCGGAGGGAGCGUUUGGAGCCCACCUACCAGCUGUCCCGCUGGACCCCGAUCGUCAAGGACGUGAUGGAGGAUGCCAUCGAGGACCGCCUGGACCGCAAGCUGUGGCCCUUCGUGUCGGACCCCGCCCCCGCCGCCAGCUCCCAGGCUGCGGUCAGCGCCCGCUUCGGCCACUGGCACAAGAAUAAGGCGGGCGUGGAAGCUCGAGCCGGCCCGCGGCUCAUCCUCUACGUUCUGGGUGGAGUGACCAUGUCAGAGAUGCGGGCCGCCUACGAGGUGACCAGAGCCACCGAGGGCAAAUGGGAGGUGCUUAUUGGCUCCUCGCACAUCCUCACCCCGACCCGCUUCCUGGAUGACCUCAAGAUGCUGGACCAGAAGCUGGAGGAUAUUCCUCUGCCCUGAUGGCCCCCAUGUCCACCAAACACCAAGCUCCCAAGCCACUGUGCCGCCGCCUCUCCGUUCCAGAGAAAUAAACUCCCUUCUCUGCACCAGCCAACCCACUCUCUUUCCCGAGGAGCCCUGCCAGCCCUUCCUUUUGGCCUCAGGGCUGGCUUCCCCACUCACCCCUUCAUCCUGCUCCACCAACACCUCCUGCCCUCAUUACCUCCUGCUGUCCCUCCUCCCCCCCACCCCCAUUCCCACAUCCCAAGGGACCUGGUGUGCUCCAGGGCGGAGCCUGCAGCUGCGGGCCCCGCCCACAACAAACCACGCCCACAGAAACACACCCACAGGCCACGCCCCCAACAAGGCCACGCCCACAAAACCGGCCCUAUCCGGGGCCACGCCUUGCCAAGACCACGCCCACUCCAGGCCACGCCUCUCUGUACAUCCUUUUUCACCCCUAAGACAAAAGGAUGGGGUGAAAAAGGAUGGCUCUUCAUUCCCUGGGUGCAUGCCUGGAUCCUGUGCCUCAGGCAUUCGAACCCCA